GAACAUGCCGAUCCUAUAACAGGAUACUUAAUGAAAGAGACAUAAAGAACAUCCACUGUACAAUUCAGUUGUUUGUUCACAUCAAAAUACAUACUGUAAUAACUUAUCAGAGGUAUUUUGCAAUUUGAAGAAUGGGUAUUGCAGAAAUUCUUCUGCCUCGCACAUUUCUGUAUAAUUCGUCAGUUUUGAGUAGUUCCGGCACCAGAAAACCAUUACCAACAAAAAUUCUUCAAAAAUGUUCAAAGAUUUCUGUUCAUAGUAUUUCUGUGAAAAAUGGAGAAACAUCUAAGAACCCACUUACAUGGAACUCUAAUAUCAGAACUCGAAUUGAAAAUAAUCAACAUGAAGAAGCUCUGAACCUGUAUUUGUCUAUGCUGAAAGAAAAUAUUCCUCCUGAUGAAUACACAUUUCCUUUAGUUGUUAAAGCUUGUUCUCUUCUUAAGGUGAUUAAAGAAGGGAAGCAAAUUCAUAGCCAUGUUCUAAAGUAUGGAUUUCAUGAUGUAUUUGUUCAGAAUGCUCUCCUGUCCAUGUAUGCUAAAUGUGGGCGUAUAGGGAUUGCUCGAAAGGUGUUCAACGAAAUGAUUGAUCGAAAUAUUGUUUCAUGGAAUUCAAUUAUUGCUGGAUACGCAAAGUGUGCUCCGGGUUUGGAGUUGGAAGCUGUUGCGCUUUAUAUUCUUAUGCUGAAUAGAGGAGUUUGGCCAGAUGCGUCUUCUUUUACCGUUCUGUUUAGUGCUUGCGGGUCGGCUUUAGCUGUUAAAGAAGCUGCCCAGAUUCAUUCUCAUGUUAUUAAGCUUGAGUUUGAGUGCAAUACAUUGAUUAACAAUGGUAUGGUUGAUGCGUACGUGAAGUGUGGGUUAGUAGAUGCUGCAUUUUUGUUAUACAAUAGAACGAAUGAACCGGAAGUGGUUUCUGGCAAUGCUUUGAUGACCGGUUUAAUUAGGAAUGGUGACCUUGAUUCUGCUAAAACAUUGUUUAACAAAAUGGAUGUCAGGAAUGUGGUCUCGUGGAAUGUGAUGAUCUCUGGUUAUGUGUUGAAUGGGUUGUGUAACGAAGCAUUGGAUGCAUUUCGCAGGAUGAAGCUUGAGGGGAUUAGUCCAAAUUCCAGAACUAUUGUCAGUUUACUUUCUGCUUGUUCAUUAGCUGGAUCACUAACUUUGGGACAAUGGGUUCAUUCGUACGGUGACAGUAGAGGUUUGGUUGGUUCUAAUCAACUUGUUAAGUCAGCUUUGGUUAACAUGUACUCAAAAUGUGGGGAUAUUGAAAGUGCUCGACAGGUUUUUAAGAGCAUGGUGAAGAAAGAUGUUGUUUCUUGGGAUGUUAUGAUCGAGGGGCUUGCAUUACACGGGCAAGGAGAGGAGGCUUUAGAACUGUUCCAUGAAAUGCCUAAAGAAGGGGUUAAACCAGAUGAGCUCACCUUCAUUGGCUUGUUGAAUGCUUGCAGACAUGGAGGCUUGGUAGAAGAAGGUUUGAAACAAUUCCAUAGAAUGAGUGUUGAGUUCGGGAUUGAGCCGCAAUUGGAACAUUAUACAUGUGUUGUGGAUCUCCUUGGUCGGUCUGGGCAGUUGAAUGAUGCAUUGAAUAUUAUAAAGGAGAUGCACAUAGCUCCAGACGCCGUUGUGUGGAGUGCAUUGCUUGCAGCAUGCAGAAUGUACAACGACAUGCUUCUAGCAGAAACUGUGGUGGACAAAAUCACGGCUUUGGAUCCAAAAUGCUCCUCAAAUUACGUUAUGAUGUCAAACAUUUAUGCUGGUCGAAACCAAUGGGAAGAAGUUACCAGAGUGAGAAGGAAGAUGAAGAGUAUGGAUACUGAGAAAGAACCAGGUUGUAGUUUAAUCGAGGUUGGGGGAAUAGUGAAUGAAUUCUUUGCAGGUGUUUCUUCUGAUCACCCUCGUUCUAAAGAGGUACUUGAGAAGUUGGAGGAGUUGAUGAAACGGAUCAAAGAUAAUGGCUAUGUUCCUGAUACAGAUCUUGUUUUGCGUAAUAUCCCGCAAGAAGAGAAGGCGAGAGAUCUUUAUUUCCACAGCGAAAAGUUGGCUGUUGCCUUUGGGAUCAUGGAAACUCCUCCAAAUACCCAGAUAAGAAUAGUGGAGAACCUGAGGAUAUGCAAAGAUUGUCAUUCAGCAAUGAAGUUGAUUGCCAAGGUUGAAAGAAGAGAGAUUAUUAUAAGAGACCGUAGUCGGUUUCAUCAUUUCAAGGACGGUCAUUGUUCAUGUCGUGACUUCUGGUAAUUGAAUUGAUCAUCAUGAGGUUUAGUUUAUCGGCUCAUUUUUUUGGUUUUAAGCUGUUGGAACAACUACAGCUCUUCCAUGUAUAAGUUGUGCAACAGAUAAACCCAAUGUUAAAAUCUUAUUUAUUCUGUUAAUGACACCGGAGACUUGGAAUAAAUUCAGUCCCAAGAGUUGUUAGUUCAAGAAACCAGUUUGACACUGUUUGAUCUGGAAAUUAUGUUCUCAACUCAGAUCACCUUAACACCCUGUCAGACUGCACC